CGGGGUCCCAAAGCCUGCGAGGUCGGGCUGGCGCUGGGCGUGCUGCAGCCCCCGGGGGCCGGCACUUGGGCGGGAGGAGCCGCCGAGGCCCGACCAGGGCGGCGGACGCCGAGGAGGACUGCGCGCAGUUUCCCCGGGCCGCGCUCGUCUCCGCCCGCGCUCCAGGUCUGCGUGCGCGAGGCCGGCGGAGAUGGAGGAGCCGGACGCGCUGGAGCUGGAGGAGGAGGAAGUGAGAAGUAAUAGUCAAGACACUGCCUACACCCUGCAAAUGAGUGAGAGCCUGAGUAGCAGAGAGACCAGCUUUCUCAUCAAUGAAGAGCCCACGCCUGCAAAGCGAUUCAAUUUGUUCCUGAGGCGGCGUCUAAUGUUUCAAAAGAGUCAACAAAGCAAAGAUUCUAUCUUCUUCCGAGAUGGGAUCAGGCAAAUUGAUUUUGUACUUUCCUAUGUUGAUGACAUAAAGAAAGAUGCUGACAUCAAGGCGGAAAGAAGAAAAGAGUUUGAACAAAAUCUCAUAAAAUCAGGUCUUGAGCUGGAAAUUGAAGACAAAAGGGACUCUGAGGAUGGAAGAACUUACUUUGUCAAGAUCCAUGCCCCUUGGGAGGUACUGGCUACUUAUGCAGAAGUGUUGGGAAUCAAAAUGCCUAUUCAGGAGAGUGACAUUCCGCGGACCCAGCACAUGCCUUUUAACUGCAUGCUCACGCCUGUGAAGCUCCCCGAGAGUGUGAAGUACCCACGGCCUGAGUAUUUCACUGUCCAGUUCAACAGACAUCGGCAGGAGCUCUUCCUCAUUGAUGAUAAAGCAAGCUUCUUCAAGUCCUCAUCAAGAAACAGAAUUGUGUACUACAUUCUCUCACGGUGUCCCUUUGGCAUAGAAGAUGGGAAAAAGAAGUUUGGGAUUGAAAGAUUGCUAAAUUCUAACACUUAUUCCUCUGCCUACCCUCUCCAUGAUGGCCAGUACUGGAAGCCGUCAGAAUCUCCCAAUCCUGUCAAUGAAAGACACAUUCUUCAUAAGAACUGGGCCCGGUUUUCCUAUUUUUACAAGGAGCAGCCUUUGGAUUUGAUUAGGGAUUAUUAUGGAGAAAAAAUUGCUAUCUACUUUGUCUUUCUUGGUUUUUACACAGAAAUGCUGUCCAUUGCAGCUGUGGUUGGCUUAGCUUGCUUUAUUUAUGGCUUAUUAUCAAUGGACAAUAAUCCAAGCAGCAUGGAAAUCUGCGACCCUGAGAUUGGUGGUCAGAUGAUCAUGUGCCCACUCUGUGAUCAAGUGUGUGACUACUGGAGACUUAAUACCACCUGCUGGGCCUCCAAGUUCGCACACUUAUUUGAUAAUGAGUCAACAGUGUUCUUUGCAAUAUUCAUGGGAAUAUGGGAGACUCGGAAACAACGUACUUCCUUUCCAGUUAUAAAGAGCCCUUACCAAACAUCGGAGGAGCAGCAGCAGCACCAGCUGAGACCUGAGUUCGAAGCCAUGUGCAAGCACAGGAAGAUGAACACCAUCACGAAGGAGAUGGAGCCUCACAUGCCUCUGCUUCGUCAUAUUCCAUGGUACUUCUUAUCAGGAGCUACAGUGACACUGUGGAUGGCUCUCGUGGUCACCAGCAUGGUGGCUGUGAUUGUGUACCGCCUAUCGGUCUUCGCUGCAUUUGCGAGCUUCAUGGAGAGCGAGGCAACCUUGCAGGAGGUCAAGCGGUUCUUCACACCCCAGCUAGCCACAUCACUCACAGGGUCCUGCUUGAACUUCAUUGUCAUCUUGAUCUUGAAUUUCUUUUAUGAAAAAAUAUCUGCGUGGAUUACGAAAAUGGAACUUCCUCGAACUUACCAGGAGUACGAGAGCAGUCUCACUUUGAAGAUGUUCCUCUUCCAGUUUGUGAAUUUUUACUCAUCUUGCUUCUACGUCGCUUUCUUUAAAGGAAAGUUUGUGGGCUACCCUGGGAAAUACACGUAUUUGUUUAAUGUGUGGCGAAGUGAAGAGUGUGAUCCUGGGGGCUGCUUAGUAGAACUGACAACCCAGCUGACCAUCAUAAUGAUAGGAAAACAGAUUUUCACAAACAUUAAAGAAGCAAUUUAUCCCUUGGUCUUUAAUUGGUGGAGACGUCGAAAAGCUCGGACCAACUCUGAGAAACUAUAUAGUCGUUGGGAACAGGAUCACGAUCUUCAGUGCUUUGGACAACUUGGCUUAUUCUAUGAGUAUUUAGAAACAGUGAUCCAGUUCGGAUUUGUCACACUCUUUGUGGCCUCCUUCCCUCUGGCCCCUCUCUUUGCACUGAUGAACAACAUUGUGGAGAUCCGCGUGGACGCCUGGAAGCUGACCACUCAGUACAGGAGACCCGUGGCUGCCAAGGCGCACAGCAUAGGGGUGUGGCAGGACAUUCUGGCUGGCGUGGCGGUGCUUUCAGUUGCAACUAAUGCUUUUAUAGUUGCGUUCACGUCGGACAUCAUCCCCCGCUUAGUUUACUACUAUGCUUACUCCACAAACACCACAGAGCCUUUGAGCGGCUACGUCAACAACAGUCUGUCGAUAUUCCUGAUAGCUGAUUUUCCAAACCACACUGUACCUUUGGAAAAGCGAGACUUCACCACGUGCAGAUACCAAGAUUAUAGAAAUCCUCCUGGCAGUGAGAAUAAGUACCUUCAUAAUAUGCAGUUCUGGCACGUCCUGGCUGCCAAGAUGACGUUCAUCAUAAUUAUGGAACACAUCGUGUUUCUUGUGAAGUUUUUGUUGGCCUGGAUGAUUCCCGAUGUGCCCAAAGAUGUUGUGGACAGAAUCAAGCGGGAAAAAAUAAUGACCGUCAGGAUUCUUCAUGAUUUUGAGCUCAACAAGCUAAAAGAAAAAUUGGGACUUAAUCCUAAUGAAUUUGCCAAGCAUGUUAUGAUCGAGGAGAACAAAAUGCAGCUGGCUAAAUCCACAAUUUAGUCAGCAGAUGGGGAGCAGCUGGUUGCCUGCCUCCGCUUUUUUCUCUGGGUUAGGGCCAGAGGCCGUGUGUCAACUUACCUUUUCUUUUUGUUUUAGCACAAAGUUUUUGUAUACUUUUUAAGAGGCCAACUUUGUAUUCCUGGAGGAGUAUAGUUGUCUCCACCACAUGCAGGCUGUUCCCUGGUCCUGUGUGCUGGGAUGCUGUGAAUGAGCAUUGAAGGUACCCAGGGAAUCAGAACACAGGCAGUCCCGCAGUGUUGCAGUACAGGAGGACACAUGGGCAUAGACUGUGUCUCCACUCUCCAGGGCAUCUGCACUUUUUCCUGGUCUUUUAUUCAGUUACUUUCAUCUCCCUCUCAUCAAGAAAAUAAUGUUCCAAGAAAAAGGAGAACAAAAGUUCCACGAAUCCUGCCAUUAUAAAUAAUGCGAGUGAAAAACCAAAAUCGUGACAUGAGAAAAUGCGCACAUUAAACAGUGUUGGAUAAAUAUCCUUGCAGGACUUUAUUCUUCAAAUUGUCUGGUGUGAGUUAAGCUUUCACCAGAGUCCCUGAUACUCUUUCUAGGCCCAGGUAGCAGCCAUUUUUUCUACCCAAAGACUAAAUGUUUGAGUUUCAACAAAAUUGUACCAUCAAGCUUGUUAACGAUAGCAUGUUGGGAACAGUGUUCUCAAGAUUUGUGGUUAUCUGUGGAAAACAGUCUUCUAGCAAAUGAAAAGUGCUACAAAGAAAUCAAUGUAUUUUCUUAGGGAAGAGUGCAGGAAAAUACGUAUUGAUAGAUUUAAUCACUUCAGAAAGUUGUCGAGUUACUUAAGAUUAUGGUUUUUUUUCUGUAAUACUUAUUUUGUGUCACAAAGUCUUUUUGAGCACUAUAAUCUAGAUAUAAGUUGUUUAUAAGAGAUCUCUUGGCAUUGAAGAAAUUCCAAAGCUUUGAACAAGUUUACAGCCUUUUUAUACUGGUCCAUCUCCUCAUGCAAUGCUGAGUGCCUUCUUCCUAUGACCUAGACACUUGAGAAAUGCUAGUGUCACCUGCUUAUUUUAUGUAACAGGUCAAAUAUCAGAGAAACUCAGUGGAAAAACUACUACAUCAUUUAUCACUAAAAAAAAAAAAAAACAAGUAAAAAGUAUUGAAAUUGA